AAAAAGAAAAAAAGAAAAAAAAAGAGGCGGGCUAACCAAAUCAAAACUUCCCAUUUCAAAUCCGUACUGUCUCCCUCUCCUCUCUCUCUGUCAUCUCAUCAUCUGGCAUCUGCGUUCUAUUUCCCCCCGUUCCCAUUCUCUCUCCUACCUAGACAGGAAGGCCGUCCGGCGGCACGGCAGCGGGCGGCAAUGGAGUCGCUCCGCUUGAUCUGCGACGAAACGAUACCCCGUGCGCGGGAGAGAAUGGACUCUUUUGAGGAAGAGUUCGCCAGCUCCCUGGAUUCAAUCAAGGCCAAAGUCGAAUGCACCGCCCAAACUCACGGGAAAUUGUGGAAGCUGAAGUCCACCUUGAGAGAUGCCGAAGAUGAAUUUGUGAAAGUGCUCUCAGUGAAAACCCAGAAAGAGGCAAAGCAGAUGCGACUAAGAGACUCCAUAUCUGCUGUAAGGAAUCGAUUAGAAGAACUUAGAAAGACCCUGCAAAUUCAAACAUCAAGGAGGGACGAGUAUGCUGGAACUAUAUCUCAAUUAUAUCUUGUACUUGCGACAUAUGAAGAUAAAGGGAACCGGGACAGCGAAUUAAGCGGAAAAACUCAAGAGGCAUUGCUAUGGUAUGAUAGGAUUCUAGGCUUCCAAAUAGAAGGCGGUCACGGGGUCAAAUUCACGUUCAGAAACAUCAAUGUGAAAAAUCCAUCUGAGGAAUACUCCUUCACUGUUCGCCAUGAGAAUGAUACAUACUCCUUGUUGGCUUGUGAUCCACAAUUGAACGAUACCAAAGAGUUGAUCCAUGAGCUGAAUAGAACCAAUGGCCUAUUCAAGUUUGUCAGAACAAUGAGGGAAAAGUUUCAAGAAGCUGCAUCAUCUGGAUUUUUAUCGCAAUCCUCAACUCCUCAGCAACAAGAGCUGUCCACGAUUUCUGCAUCCGCUCCAGCUUUGUCAGUUUACACUGACCAAAGUGAUUCUCCGACACAGAGAGAGGAGCGUUCAGAUGAUGUCAAGAGACACCCAAAGAAAGUCAACCGUGGAAGAGUGGGCAGAAAAGAAUUGCCAUCACCCGAGUCAAUUCGCCGAUCACCUCGGUUACGGGUAUCUUCAAGAGUAAGAUGACUCCUGAAGUUUUGAUAUGAGCUCUUUGAGAAUUAUACCAACAUAAUAUGCCAACUAGCAGGAAUAGCCUAUGUUGUUAAUGAACGAAAGAAUAGAUCAUCUUCAAUUUAGUCUAUGCAUACCAGAUUGCUAUUUGGUUGGGACAGAAGUUGGAAAAGGAUGGCCUUCGUUAAUUUCAUUGUCAAUAAGCAUGAAGCCAUGAACCUCGUACGAAUGCGACUCAUUCACCUCAUAGCGAGUCUCAACACUUUGGGGCAGGAAAUGAUCAUGUCGAUACAGUUAAUCUGGCCUCGGAUCCUGACGAACUGCCUUUGGGUCAUUCAGCUAGCUCCUAUCUCCGACUCUGUUGAUAGCAAACAUCAGUCCUGGUGUAGUACUAGUUCAGUUAUACUUAUACAUACCUUGGUAUCAAAUUCAUGCAUAAAUGGAAGGUAUUCGGCAGCUUUGCAAACAUCUAGUCUGCAAAAUUUGUGUGUAUUCGGUUCUUCACGUUUAUAUGUUGUAAGAGCAUUCAAAUGUUGGGUUUCGAGGUCAUAGACGCAAUUGAAAUAUAAUUGAAACCCUCCAUGAC